AUGUCCGGAUUUUUUGCUACAUACCUAAGUGCCGAGAAGCGACCACUUCACAUAAUCUCAUUUAUGACACCAAUAAAUGAUGAUCCUAGUUCAGAAUUAGCAGCAGAAAAAUGUUUGGAAGAAACACAACAAUUGUUUAUCGAUUCCAAUUACCAAAAAGAAGGAAUUGUUGUUGUCGAUGAAAAAAUCUAUCGAUCGUGUAUGAAGGUAAAACGUUAUGAACCUGAGAAAUGGAACAAAAUUUUUGUUUAUCCCGGAGAUUUUCAUUUAAUGAAAAAUAUGAUGGUUGUUAUAUGGGAAGUACUUCAAGGAUCCGGUAUCGAAGGUUUACUGGAAAAAAUUUACAAAGGUGCUUCGUUGCGAUCCAUACUGAAAGUAUCUCAUUUCAAUAAAAGUUUGCGAUCAUGUAAACUUUUAUAUACAGCACUGCAUAUACUUUUGUUAGAAGCUUUCUUCGAUCAGACUGCAACAUCAUCUAUGAUUGUAAAUUGUACGAAUAAUUUAAAGUCAAUUAUGAGUCAAAUACCAUCAGAAUUUGCAGCGGAUGAUGUUUGUCAAGCAUGGUUUACGCAGUUACUUGAAGCUAUUGAAGAAAAUAACCUAUUAACAUAUCUUAAAACUUGGUGUAUCAAUUCAAGUAAUACAGACUCCACUUUUCGUUUAUGGUUCUUCAUACUUGAACGACUUCUUCAACCAUUGAUGCAAUUUUACGUGUCCAUUCUCGAAAUUGAAAUGCAUUCAGGCAUUGCAUUGGACCAAACGAUUGAAUGUACUAUUAACAAACAUGGGAAAGGUUCAGGAGGCAUUAACGGUCGACAAAGUGAGCAGUCAAUUGAUACUUGGAUACAUUCCUUUGGCUUUCGAGCAUUGCUCACUUCCUGUUUACAUGAAAUAUGUGGAAUAGAAACAGCUGAUAAUUCCAUCGACUCUCAUAUCGAGUGCACAGCAAAUCGAAAAGCUAUCGAUGACACAGACUUGUCAAUGUUAGUAGAAAAACUUCGUGGUGAAAAUCUAUUCACACAGACAAAUUCAAAAUGCCAUAAGAUUCAUUCAAGUCUAGUGAUACAUGAUGAUAUAGUGAAAAAUAUUACGUCAUUAUAUCAACGAGGUGUAGAUGCUUUAUCAGCUUACAUCAAUGAACGACUUGUUCUUAAAACUAUCCCUGUUGAUAGUCCACUUAAAGCUAUGCAUUUACUAAAACUGGAAAAUGCUCGUACAUAUAUAUCAAACAGUAAAAGUGGAUCGAGUAGAAGACAUAUGGGUGCUGAAAUUAUUACAAAAUAUAGCCAUCUGGUGAAAGUUGCCGAUCAGGAAAUGCGGCGAACUAUCAUUAUAGCACAACAACGAAAUCUAAAGCCAUUAUCUAAAUUUUUUGGUUUUGAAUAUUCCCCCAUUCCAUUAUCUCUUUGCAAUUCUCACAAUACUGAUUUAUUGAACCAACAGACAAAAGUAACAGCUAUGGAAUUCUUAAAAAAAAAUUUUUCAGCUUCCUUUUCGUCGUCGUACCCAAUACCUACUCAUCAAAGCGCACUUGUGAUAGAUGGUAAUAGUUUAUUUGAAACAAAACCAAAGUCUGAAGUUAAAACAAUACGUGAAUAUGCUAUUCAACUACUAAAUAACAACAUUCGGCACUUAUUUGAAAUACAUGAUCGAAUAGACGUGAUAUUUCAAAACCUUGACACUAAAAUAUUGGAACCAUUCAUUAAUAUAAAUGAAGAAAAAGAUGGUGAAAAUAUGUAUGAAUUAAGGUGUAAUGAUUUGGUUGAAUCGCCAUUUAAAAAAUUCGUUCAUUCAAACCGUGUUUCACUUGGCAAAUGUAUUCGUCAAUGUUGGACGGAACUGGAUUUGAAUAAAUAUUUACCGUAUGGUCGCGUCCUUGUGAUUGGUGGUCCAGAUUCAACAGCAGUGAAAUUACAGUAUGGUCAUGCUGUCGAAUCAGAUUAUCUUUUGGAAUCGCAUAAUCCUGAAUCUCGGACGAGAUUUUUAUUACAUUGCAACGUCAUUAGUCUUGAUCAAUGUCAAAACGUUGAUGUUAUUCUAUUAAGUAUUGCGCUUGCAUCGAAUAUUACUCUUCAGCAUCUGGCUAUAAAGUCAACAAAUACACGAACUCAAAAUGAUAUAUUUAUUGAUGUUAAAUCUAUUGUAGCCAGGCUUCGUCGUGUAUCUAUUGAUCCUACAUCUCUUCUUGUUCUAAAUGCUUUAUCAGGCUGUAGUAUCACGUCCACCAUCAGAAAUGUAACAAAAGAAAAGAUAUUCAAUCGGUUUUUCGAUGAUCCUGAUCGUUACUCGUGUAUCAUAGAACUAAAUUCUAUUCCACCACCGUACGAAGCAAUUGUUGCAAGUGAACGACUGCUCAUUGAUUGUUAUCCACUUGGACGAAUAGCUAAUUCACUAAAUGAACUUCGGGCUCUUAUGGCGGAAUAUGGUAUGAAGGAUCGAACACGUGUCAGCUUCGCCUCAAACUUACCACCAUCAAGAUCUGCAUUUAAGCAGCACUGUUUGAGAGCUGCACGACAAAUUAAAAUAUGGAUGGAUUGUCUAGAUCCAAAUCCAAUAGCACCACCAUUAAUUUAUUCAGGUUAUGAACAAGCUGAUAUUAAUGGAGAAUGGAAAAUAAAGUGGACGGAUAAUCCUGAACGACCUCUGGAUACUCAACUCGAAACAUGUGGCAAUUGUAAAACGACCUGUAACAGAUGCAGAUGUUGGAAGAAUAAUGUUGCAUGUACUUUUUACUGCAAAUGUGAUGUUAAUGCGUGCAUCAACCAGCCAAGUCCUGAAAUAAAUAACUUCAUAUCGUUAACUUCAACUGAUUUAGCUAUGCACAGCACAAGUGAUGAUUUUUAUUCGACAGAUGAAUCUGUUCUAAGUGAUACAGAUCAUGAUAGUAUAUCGUCAAUGUCAGAAUCGAGCCAUAUUUAUAAUGAAACUGAUGAGUCAGAUAUUGAUAUUAACAACUAUGAUGAAAUUAAUGGCAAUUUAAGUCUCAACCAUUCUAUUAUCAAUACAUCAUCAACUACAUCUCAAUGUGAUCCAACUUUCCACAUUACUCGUGAUCAUAAUUACUCGAUUAAUCACUUGAACGACGACAACAUAUUGAAUUUCACCAGUACACCUAAACGACAACGAACAUCAUCUGGAACUUCGAGUAUCUUCAACAUUUCGGCUCCAUGUUCUUCUCCAUUGGUUCAUUCUACUCCUAAAACACAACUACUAAGCAGUCCGAAUGCAACAAAUUUUAAAACACCUUUUCCACCAUCUAAAUACAGAGUACGACCAGCAACACAUUUUAGAAAAACUUAUGGACCAAAAGUGAAGCACAGUCAAGAGAAGAAAUAA